AUGCACACUUCAUUUCAUCAUCUUUGUUGUGUUGUUCCGUCCCAAGCCCUCCUCCCUUUGCACUCGAAGGCCAAUCUCCGUUCGGCCCGAGGAAACCUUUGCACGCCUCCAUUACCGGAUGCGGUUCUGCACUAUAUGAGAAGCAAUACAUAUUUCAUUCAAGUGAGCAACGACUUAACUGUCGAGGGGGAAUCGAUGAUCCUUCCAAUGGUUCAGGUCGUGGUUGCUCUACUGUUUGGGAACAUGUGUUAUGUGGUUAUUAACGUGUUCAUGAAUGACCUUAAUCGCGUUCGGGUUUAUGGUAUGGAGAAAUUGCACAAUACAUUGCUUGAAAGACCCAAGACAUUGAACAAGGUUUCUGAUAUGUCAUUGCUCAAUUUCUUUGGUUAA